GGCACUCUUUGCGCAUGCGCAACUUUCCAGGAAGUGUUAACAUUCUCUUUAACCAGCUGAUAGCCAAAUUGUCAACAGUUAAGCCAGCGACACCUGCGCCCCUUAAGGACAGCAUAUAGGGUAAAUAUACAUUCUUAUAUAUCCACCAAUCGUCUAAUAUUAUUCAGAUUAACACGUAGUAGUAGCAUGUUAAAAAAGGCGUCGAAAUUUAAAGCUUUGAUUCUGUUUCGGCUCGUCCGACCUGAGCGGUGUCCCGUUAGCACAUAACGCAAGAUAAGAGCUGCUGAUCAGAUAACAUUUACAGUAAGUGGACAUUAUUAGCGACAGAGUGUAGGAGAGACAGCUGCACCCUGCUCAGACUCUUCACAUUAGGACGUAAAGAUGUGUGUAAUGGUUGAAAUGACUGCAGUAAUGUUCAGCACUGCUAUUUCUGAAGAGGCAGACAGCUAUUUGAGGCGCAGCAUCCCUGACUAAGCUCCAGUUUUAGUGCAGGAUAAUGGGACAAAGCGUGCAAUAGGUGAUCAUUUCAAACACAGCUCUAAUUUACUGAACACGGAGGAGACAUGGAGGGUUCGUAUAUUUGUUGUGCAAGCUUGUUUUCCCUUGAUUUGAUGCCAAGGAAGUCUCCACCCUUCCUCAUAGAAACAAUCUUCCACUCUUAGAUGAACUGAAGGAAGUAUCUGUUGUCUUUACGGGGAAGACUUGAGAAACAAGGUCCUGAUCCAUGACUACUAAGUGUAGACUUGCCUGAUCUGGACUAAAUUAUUCUAAUAAGUCUGCUUUCUCUACAAAACACUGCUCGAGCUUUGUGAAACCUUCUUAUUAAGUGUGAAAAUGCAGAAGAAAAGAAGGAAAAAAAAGAUGAUUUGGACCAUCUUGUGAUUCAGAACCACAAUAACCAGACUAGGAAGAUCUAGGCCUUGUUAUCUCUGAGAGGCUACCGACUUCGCAGACUGUGAAAUGCAAAAUGUGCUGCUUUCUUAUUCUCUCAUCAAAACACUUUUCUUUACACAAAUACUAUUAAAGUUGGACAAAUCUCUAACUGUGUCUAAUAUUGGGUGUAAUUUGGACCAGAUCUGAGAGAUUUAAGUAUUUUGUUCUGCAUAAGAACAAUCCGGACCUUGGAUAAUCUUACUAGAAAAAAACUAGGACACCAGUUCUUAAUUGUAUUUCAACAAACUGAAUAAAAACUUAACAAAUCUAAAAACUGUGUUUUUAAGAGAUGGUUGCCUCUCUGAAAUAAAUGAGUCCACAUCUGGUUUUGUGAUUUCUGGAUCAAGACCUGGAUCAGGGCACUGAAUGAUAGUAGGCCUGUGUCUUGUUAGCUCUGCCUGUUUUGUACAGAACAUGCCACUGUUGUCCUCCCUCUUCUGCUACCAAGAUGUUUUGUGUGUAUUUGGUGUCUGUUGCUGCUGUCCUUGUUGCUGUUGAUCUGUUUUUUGUACACAAUGAGACUAAAGACAAGUUUCCACUUGUGUACAAUAAACGAACUAACUAACUAACUAAAUUUAGACUAGAUAGGGACAAAAGCAGUGAAAUUGCCCUUUAAUUUUCAUUUUUACAAAUAGAACAAAGAUGUCUAAAACCUUAAAAUGUGUUUAAAGAAGUCUUUAGACUCAUUGAGAUAAUCUUGUUUAGAUCCGACAAGUCUAAGUACAGCGGUUUUGGAUCAGGACCUUGUUUUUGUGACCUUACCACCUACAGCCAAAUCAGAAGCUGUGAAUAAGAUUCAAACUCAGGUGUUGUUUAGAAAGACUGAGCUGAAUAAUGUGAUGCAGAAUACGUUUCAGUGGAAAAACCCCUGAACUGCUGUUCGUGGACCUUAUGUCAGAUCAGAAUCCUCUAUGCAACGCCUUAACAUUUUGUCAAGAGAUAUUUUUGCCUCUGAAAAUUUAAGAUCAAGUUUAAAGAUGCAGUUUUAAUAUUUUAAGAUCCUCCUUUAAGUUUGAGUUGAAAUCUAUGAAGCUCGAACAUACGGUUCAAUAUCUAAACAACAGUUUGAAGUUUGAAAAAAAGAAAUUUUAUCACGCAUAUUAGCUGUAACUUUCAGUCAAAUUCUCUAUUCACCUGCUGCUUCUCAUGUUUGAUGUUGUGACUUCUCAAACUAUUUUCAGUCUUUGUCAUGCAUAUUUCCAUCACUGCCCUCUUGUUCGUCAGUCGUCGUUGCUAAUUAACCUGCAGUCGCCACUCAUUAUUCCAGGGUAGCUCCUUCUGUCAAAUGUUCACAUGCUGAUUUAUAAGUGUGCAAAAAAGAUUUUUCUUAUUCAUUACAUUCGAAAAACUCUUAUGCAAGUUGUUUCUGUUACGGUUUUCAAUGUUCCUGCAAUGAAAAUUUGAUUUAUUGUGCAGCACUGAUUGGAAGGUGCUUUUGUUGCCUGUAAAAGAUAAGAAAGAAAAGCAUGGGUGAGCUUGUGCAUGAUGUAAUCCUGCACCAAAACAAAAACCUUUCACUUCUUCCUUCAGACAAAGCAAAGAGUGCAGAGAGGUCAAGACACCACCUGCCUGCAAGACGUGACUCUACGCUCUGUUAGGAGGUCAGUGUCAGUGCUCUGCUUCAGGGAGGAGGCCCAGCCCCCCUGACGUCUCCUACAGCGGGCCACUAUGAGCUCCAGAGGGAGUGGAGGCCGCUCCAACGGCACACUUCCCCAGACCAAGAUCUGCCAGUUCAAGCUGGUGCUCCUGGGGGACAUGGCUGUGGGGAAGUCCAGCCUGGUGCUGCGGUUUGUCAAGGGACAGUUUGAUGAGUUCCAGGAGACAACUAUAGGAGGUGAGGAGAGAGAGACCAGGAAGGUGGUAUACUCUGUUAGCAAAAGUAUACUAAUCUUAUAUUUCUCUCCUUUACUACCAGCUGCGUUCCUGGCCCAGUCGGUGUGUCUGGAUGACACCACAGUGAAGUUUGAGAUCUGGGACACUGCAGGACAAGAGCGAUACCACAGCCUGGCUCCCAUGUACUACCGCGGCGCUCAGGCUGCUAUCGUCGUCUUUGACAUCACCAAGCCGGUAAAGUAUUAUCAGAAACUUUAACAAGUGAUGUAUUCAUCCAGAAAUGGGCGCCAUUUAAUGUAAAACCCGGCCACUAGACGGUAAAGAGGCAGAAGGGGUGACUAAACAUUUAUGGUCUGUACAUUGAAAACUAGUGACGAUUCUGUCUGCCUCUGAUAGCUAAUGUUUCCAGAGUUGCACGUCAAAGAACAUACACAGUGAUGUUAUGCUUGCAGAUGCUAUGCCAUUGGAGUAGCUCUUGCCUUUAGGCAAGACUAGCAGUAUGUAGUUACUUAUCAUUACAGCAUCAUCACUCUGCUCCCCACUUUCUAGCUGCUUCUUUUUAAUUAUUCAUCGAGUAGUUGUAGGGAAAAAAAACUUGCUUGAGAAUAAAUGUGCAUACAAGUCUUCACAAUGCAACAAGAGUUAGCACUGUCAGAUGGAGCCCCUGUGGAAAGGUUUCUGACUAUUAUUGCAAACUUUGUGCAUGUAGUUGAAAGUUAAGCAGCUGUUUGGGGACCUCUUCUGACCUGAGGCCCCUAGCAGUUGCCAGUCUUUAAUCAAAACAAACUCUCAUAAAAAAAAAACACAUUCAGAGUAAAUGUACCGCCCAGCUCUAGAAUUAGAUAAACAUUGUGUCCCAUCUAACAAAUAAAUUCUUCAACUGAUAUGCAGUCCACAAGCUCUGUGGUUGUGCCUGGUGUUUAUCUACGUGUUAUUGCGGUGUUUGUGCAGGAGACGUUUGAGCGAGCUAAAGCCUGGGUGAAGGAGCUGCAGAGACAGGCCAGUCCUAACAUCGUUAUUGCUCUGGCUGGAAACAAGGCUGACCUGGCAGAAAGGAGACUAGUGGAGUACGAGGUAACAAACUCCUGUACUAAACCUUCAGCCUCAGCUAAAUCACCAUCUCUGUGGAGCUGGAGACUCUGUGACAUUUUCUUUCUCCAGUUUAGGAGAUUUAUUUGUUGUAGCUCACAGUUUUGAUGUCUUUAAUGUCUACUCAAAUCUACCGGACUGGUUUCUAAUCACUGAUAUGAUUACUGUUAGUCCUCCAGAGUCUGUGAAGAUAACCACAUUCACAGCAAAUGGUGUUUUCAUCAUAAAAAACAUAACAGAUCUUUGCUGUGAGCUGUAGGGAUGUAAUCUGUGGAAGUGAAACUGAGGCCCUUUCUUGUGCAAAAUCUUUUAAUUAUAAAUGAAAACAAGGCCAGCCAAACAAUCUAAUAAUUAGACCCUUUUGAUGUUAAUUUUAAGCUAUCCCUGUUACGUAAAAGUCCAUGUUAUGCAAUUUGUGUCCAAUCUUUGAUGUGAAAUACUUAAGAGUUCAGUGUUUUGGUCAGUCCCCAGAGCUUUGACCUUAACUGGGUUCAUGUUGUUUGUAGAUAACAAACAUAUAAAUAUUUCCCAGCUUAAGCUUGUUAGUAAUGUUUGCAAUUUUUUGGAUUUGUGCACGGUGUAUGAUCCAGGAAGCACAGACGUAUGCUGAAGACACCGGCCUGCUCUUUAUGGAGACGUCUGCGAAGACAGCCAUGAACGUAAACGAGCUCUUCCUGGCCAUUGGUGAGUCAGUAAUCCGGUCAUUUACAGCUACACUUUAAGACCUUUUUGCAGAUUGCGGGUCAGGCCAAAAGAGUUGCCACUCUGGUGGAACAGAUUAUGAGUUCAGUCCAGGUUGUUAAUCUAUUCCCUCUUAGGGUUGAGGGGACGGUUUUUUACAGAUACAAUGUCGGGAAAUGAAGCCUUGAUAUAAUUAACGCGUGGUUAUAGAUCCAGAUUCAAGAAUUUUAUGGAUUUUCAACAAUACAUUUUUACUGAAGGUGUAAAAAAAAAAAAAAGCGAUGACAUUUAAUAUGUCAGUCAAAACUGUGAACCUUUGUUUCAGCUGCAUCGUUGUACAGAGCAGUGCAGACUGUGAACUUGACAGCCUGAGUCUGAGAGUGACUCAUGGCAGAUAAGAUUUGAAGAGAUAUACUUUUAUAGUCCCUGGUGGGAACAUUUCCUGGCCUCAGUCUAACUGCAGUUACAAACAACAUAUAAGAACAAUUCUGAAAAAAGCAUACUGUAGGGACUUGGUUUGGGUGCCAGGGGGUCACCAGUUUAAGUCCCCUAGUUGAAUGGAUAUGUUGUUUUUUUAUUAAAAUAUUUUAUAAAAAGAUAUUAUGUUAAAAUGUUUGAUUAUCAAUACUGAACACAGGAAAAGUUCCAGUUUGUGUGGGAGUAAUAAACCCAGAGUAAGACUCUCUAAAACGUUACAGGAGAAAUGCACAAGAGAGCCAUGAGAACACUGAUUGAUGAACCUCUUAAAAAAGGGAACAAUAAACACAACUCUUCUAGAACACAGACAUCCUGCUGAUGAGAAGUUCAGUGUACAUGAUAAAGAAUGACUAUUUUGCAACCCAAGGUUUCUCUCUGAGUAGGUGUAGGAUUUUAGCUGGGUCUGAUGCAGGUUUCCGUGCACGUCUGAGAGCAGACUGCUCAUGAAGCAGUUUUUAACCCCCCACAAUUUUUUCAGAUUAGUUUCUAAUACAAAGAGUGAGUCGGGCACUAUCUUAGAUUUCAGUAUUUGUACUUGAAAAGGCAGGGAGCUAAGGCACAUGUAACCCAGAAUUUCUGAUCCACUACAGCUCCAAAUGUGAGUGCAGACUCAGGAAUAAUCCAAAGAUUUAGCAGAGUAAUUCCCUCUUCUGGGUGAAUAACGACACCUUAAUGAAAAAUACAAAAUGUCCUGUCUGGCUGACGCUGAUACAAGGAGGCUACAAAUAUGUUUCUUAAAAAAAACUAGAUAUUUGAUCUUCUUUCAUUUUUCCUAAGAGUAAACCCUGAGAAAAACAAAGCUGGACUUUUGUCAAUGUAAUUUUGUUGAGACUUAAAUAACUUUUGUUUUGUUUUUAUUUUAAUUUAGCAAAAAAGAUGCCAAAAACAGACACCCAGAACCCGACACAUGCAGCACGACAUCGGGGAGUCAACCUCCAGGACCCGGACGCCCACUCCACCCGAGCCUGCUGUGGAGGGAACUAGACCUCCACCACCUGCAUCAGUAUCCCACCAUCCUCACACCACCACAUCCCUUUAAACAUCCCGUCUCCUUCGACCGACUCACAGAGGGGGCCUGAUACGAGGGAAACCUGGUAUCCACUCACCCCCUCACCCUCCAUUCAUCCUGCUGUCCGAGCAGACCGAUUCAGAGACAGAAAAUUAAAGGAGAGAGGAAAAGAGGACAGAGAGAGAAAGACAGAGUUUACACGUCUGUUUCUUGACCAACUGAGAUUCUCCGCUGUGAAGGGGGAAGUAUAGCGGAGACUGAGAUGGAGGGGAGGGAAAUAAGAAUGUGGAAGACAGUGGCGAGCCUGUUGUAGUAUUUAGCACUAAAUGUGAAAUUUCUUUGUCCUCAUGCUGCCUUGCAUUGUUCCAGUCACAGCCAUGACAGCAUAAAAAUGCACAAAACAGGCAGCACACGCUAGAAAGCAGCCGAGAAAGGGAAGAAGGAAAAAAACGAGGAAAGAUAGGAACUAAAAAAAAAGGUUGUGUUUUGGCUGCUUUCUUCUUCUACAGAGCUUGCGCCUGCUUGCUUUGCCACCUCCCUGUCCUGAAUCAAUCAGAUCCUGCUGUGAAUACUGCCACAUGCUGACCCCUGGAAUGAUCCCAUAAUUCAUAAUCCCUCUCCGUCCUGCCCGCCCUCCUAUGCUGUCACUGUCCAGACCCACAUUAGAUAACACUCGUGGCACAGUUUCCCCAACAAAAGUCCAUUUGUACGUAUUUAUUGUCCAGUGUUGACUUCUUUUGACUGCUGGUAGUGAUGCUCCAGUGUCUUUUAAAGGCACGCUCACAUUUCUGUUUUUCUUUUCUCCGGAUGGAAACUAAAUCUGUGUGUGAGGAAGCUUUUAGACUCCCGAUUCAGUGGAUUUUGAUGAUGUGUGUUUCUCAUUCAUUUGCUCUGACAGACCUGCUUCUCUAAUGAACGUUUGUUUGGGUUUUAACGCCUUGCUUGAAUGCUCAUCAGCACCACUUACUAUUCUGUAUAAAGCAACAAUGUUGACUUGAUAUGGAGUGUGUGUUUAGGCAGUAAUAAGACUCUAAUAUUGCUUUGGACCUGGUAACUGUAAACUCUAACUGAUUAUACGUCUGUAGCAGAGAGCGUAACCCUGAAACCCAAAGAAAAAAAAAUACUGUGUCACUCUAAAGAUUUACUAAGCACUUGUUCUCAAAAACAAGCUUAAAGGGUAUUACCGUAUUUUCAAACCUGAGACCUACUUUUACAUUUUAUUGGGUCAGAAUAAGGAAUUGGUUCAGGAGGCGUUAGUAUGGCUCCAGCAGAUUGCUUCGAUCAGCAUCGACUGUAAGGGCCGCGCAGUAAUCCGUGAGGGCAGCUGCUCCUGAGCUCCCAGAGUUCUUGUUUGUUUCACUGUGUAAAAAAAUUACAGAAAAUAUCCUUAAACAGGAAGAGAGAAAAAUCCAUUUCCAUUAAAGAGAAACUGCUGUUUUAUUGCGGUCUUUAAAGCCGGCAGAUUUCACCAACAAAAACAGUCAUUUUGCCUCAGAGGUUGUUUUCUAUCGCUGUCUGAAGGGGGUUGUUUUUGACUUUUUUUGGAUUAUACUUUCAGACUUUUAUGUCUUUAUUCAAAGAGGACAGGACAGUGGAAAGAGCAGGUCUCUGGGGGAGAGAGUGUGGAGUGACAUACAGGAAAAAGGCUGAACUUGGGGAUCUCAGCCUCUGCACAUGGGGCGAAACACAACCCCCAAGCCAAACCAGCACCCCUGACUUUGGCCUGUUCUAUCUAUGUAGAGUUCCUGAUUUACAGACCUGAUGUUACACACAUAAACCACGGAUAUUUUAAAGCUCUUGUGAGAAGUUUUUGAAACAGACUGAAACAAACUACGAUGCAUCCCUAUAAUGUAAAAAAGCAAUGAGAGCACUGACGACAAGAAUGGCAAUUCCUACGCUGUAUGCUUGGGAAAAAGUCUUAGUUUUUUUUCUGCCAACCACAUACCUGAUGUCUGGAUGCAACACAAUAUUUGUGUAAAAACAGUAAAAAUCGCCCCCUAAAAAUCCUUUGUUCUGUGAGGUAAAAUGACUGUUUUUGCCUGUUUUUGAUAGCUGUUUAUGGAUUCAAAGCAUUUAACUCUGGCUGCCAGUUUGGCUCGGUUGGUGGAGUGGGCGGCCCAUGUACCACGUGGCUGCGGUCUUCAUGCGUCAUUCCCCUCUCCCUUCCCUCAUUUCCCGUCACUCUCAAGCAUUUCCACCAUAUUUAGGCAAAUAGCCUGUAAUAAUACAAUUGAAAAAUGCGUCUAACUCUUGAAUAAAAAGGACUGUGUCUCUGCAGGGACUCUUUAUGGAAUACUGCCCGAAUCAUUCUGAUCAUAUGUUACCCUUUUUUGUCAACAACUUUGGCCGGGAGCAUUUGCCCCCAAGGAUUCCUGUUGGCUUGUCUGUUUGAAUAUCUGCUGGAGCAAAUACAAAAGAAACAUUACCAGUUAGUCAUUGAAAAGAGAGAAAUUGUGUAAAAUAGGAUAUAGUUUUAAAAGGGAAAGAAUCAACCUCUGUUUCUGGUUUUAAAAAAGGAUCACAGAUGAGAUUAUUUGCAAUAGUUGAACUGUAUUUGGAGGGCUGAAGAGUGAGAAGAUGAGAAAACCUUUGUAAUGAACCUUUACCAUGCCCUGUGAGAGAAUUACCCUCCCAUAUUGUGUUUAAUGUUCCCUUUACCCGUCUUUUGGCUGAGGUGGUGAACUGAUCUUACAUGAUUUAACUUAAUAACCUAAAAUCGAGCUCUUGAACUCGAGUUGUGUGCUUUGUUGCUAUCUGAGGUGUGUGGGUGAAGAAAAUUAAGACAGAAUAGAUGAGACACACACACAAAAAAAACAAAAGUGCCUAUUCCCAGUUUUCUUUCUUUCUUUUUUUCUGUGAAUCAUGUUUGGGGCUUUUCUUGAAGUGUGUGCUUCGUAGAGAGUGCAGAAAUCUCACCUCCCUGUCAUCAGCUUGUACUAUAAACAAUAACCUGGCACCCUGUCUUUAGGCUGUAGUGAACUGUACUGGCUGUUUGUAUGGAUGUAAAGAGAUCUUGUUGAUACACUGUAUGUUAAAUAUUAUUGUCUUAAUUUUAAAGGUGUUAUGUUGAUUCUAGCGGAGCACACUUGUGAACUUUGAAUGGAUCUAAUUGAUGUUAUAGAUCUGUUUUAUUUUAAAAAAUUGACAUCAGUGAGAACAUUUUCGUUUUAUCUCAUUUUCAGGUUUACUCGCACGUGUUUCAAAGCAUUUAAAAACCGGCAAUCUAAUUAAAGGUCUAAGAAUUGGCUUUUGAAUCUGUAUUCAGCACUAACGGCUCAUUGGCAACAUUAAACAGUUCAUUCUUCAGGGCUCACAAGUAGGUUCAAUGUUCUGUGCAAUUAAAAUGACAAAAGGUGAUUUAAAAAAAUAAAAAAAAGGACUUGAUUUUUUUUUCAUUCAUUGGCACAUUGAGUAUGUGUAGUGUUCAAUAAAGCUGUGAAUGACGCCUUGAGUGCA